AUGAACGUUGCGAUGAUGCUUGGCCUUAAGAAGAGGAGUUAUGAGAAGAUGAUGGACUACUAUGGGGAUCUGGAUAGUCCCUUUUGUCAGGUUUGGUUUGUUUGUCAUCUUGACUCUUUAGAUUGUUGUGACUUGGACUAACUUGACUUGACUUAGUUAGAUUGUUGUGAGGUUGGUAUGAAUGCAUUGGUACUGAUUGCCUUUCAAGAGUGUUGCCGUUGGUUGAUGGUGGUGCUUUGCUUUGUACUGUAUAGGGAGAUUGAUCUGUCAGCAGACCAGUGUUAUAGACUCACCUGUCAGUGUGACUUGACUUUGUUAAAGCCUAUCAAACCUCUUUCAGUUAGCUUCAUUAUAGGCUCUCUUGACUGUGCCAUUGAGGGUAUAGUGUAAUCUUUGGCUGCCAGAUUAAGGUGUUGUGUUAUCCUGUUGUCUCUCUCUUUCUCUCAUUCUCUCUCUACUCUCGGUCUCUCGCUCUCUAGUCCACUCAUAAAGUCAAUCUAAGCUGAUUAACCAGUUGGAGUUCAAUCAAAUCUGUAUGAACAGGGUAAUUGGUCAAUCUUGAAGACCAAUGUUGGAUCUACUCCUCCCUCCUCCUCCUGUCUAAUGUUGGAUCUACUCCUCCCUCCUCCUCCUGUCUAAUGUUGGAUCUACUCCUCCCUCCUCCUCCUGUCUAAUGUUGGAUCUACUCCUCCCUCCUCCUCCUGUCUAAUGUUGGAUCUACUCCUCCCUCCUCCUCCUGUCUAAUGUUGAUCUACUCCUCCUCCCAUUGGAUCGACUCCCCCCUCCUGUCUAAUGUUGGAUCUACUCCUCCCUCCUCCUCCUGUCUAAUGUUGGAUCUACUCCUCCCUCCUCCUCCUGUCUAAUGUUGGAUCUACUCCUCCCUCCUCCUCCUGUCUAAUGUUGGAUCUACUCCUCCCUCCUCCUCCUGUCUAAUGUUGGAUCUACUCCUCCCUCCUCCUCCUGUCUAAUGUUGGAUCUACUCCUCCCUCCUCCUCCUGUCUAAUGUUGGAUCUACUCCUCCCUCCUCCUCCUGUCUAAUGUUGGAUCUACUCCUCCCUCCUCCUCCUGUCUAAUGUUGGAUCUACUCCUCCCUCCUCCUCCUGUCUAAUGUUGGAUCUACUCCUCCCUCCUCCUCCUGUCUAAUGUUGGAUCUACUCCUCCCUCCUCCUCCUGUCUAAUGUUGGAUCUACUCCUCCCUCCUCCUCCUGUCUAAUGUUGGAUCUACUCCUCCCUCCUCCUCCUGUCUAAUGUUGGAUCUACUCCUCCCUCCUCCUCCUGUCUAAUGUUGGAUCUACUCCUCCCUCCUCCUCCUGUCUAAUGUUGGAUCUACUCCUCCCUCCUCCUCCUGUCUAAUGUUGGAUCUACUCCUCCCUCCUCCUCCUGUCUAAUGUUGGAUCUACUCCUCCCUCCUCCUCCUGUCUAAUGUUGGAUCUACUCCUCCCCUCCUCCUCCUGUCUAAUGUUGGAUCUACUCCUCCCUCCUCCUCCUGUCUAAUGUUGGAUCUACUCCUCCCUCCUCCUCCUGUCUAAUGUUGGAUCUACUCCUCCCUCCUCCUCCUGUCUAAUGUUGGAUCUACUCCUCCCUCCUCCUCCUGUCUAAUGUUGGAUCUACUCCUCCUCCCUCCUCCCCUGUCUAAUGUUGGAUCUACUCCUCCCCUCCUCCUCCUGUCUAAUGUUGGAUCUACUCCUCCUCCUCCUCCUUCUAAUGUUGGAUCUACUCCUCCCUCCUCCUCCUGUCUAUGUGGAUCUACUCCUCCCUCCUCCUCCUGUCUAAUGUUUGGAUCUACUCCUCCCUCCUCCUCCUGUCUAAUGUUGGAUCUACUCCUCCUCCCUCCUCCUCCUGUCUAAUGUUGGAUCUACUCUCCCUCCUGCUCCUGUCUAAUGUUGGAUCUACUCCUCCCUCCUCCUCCUGUCUAAUGUUGGAUCUACUCCUCCCUCCUCCUCCUGUCUAAUGUUGGAUCUACUCCUCCCUCCUCCUCCUGUCUAAUGUUGGAUCUACUACUCCUCCCUCCUCCUCCUGUCUAAUGUUGGAUCUAACUCCUCCCCUCCUCCUCCUGUCUAAUGUUGGAUCUACUCCCUCCUCCUCCUGUCUAAUGUUGGAUCUACUCCUCCCUCCUCCUCCUGUCUAAUGUUGGAUCUACUCCUCCCCUCCUCCUCCUGUCUAAUGUUGGAUCUACUCCUCCCUCCCCUGUCUAAUGUUUGGAUCUACCCUCCCUCCUCCUGUCUAAUGUUUGGAUCUACUCCUCCCUCCUCCUCCUGUCUAAUGUUGGAUCUACUCCUCCUCCUCCCUGUCUAAUGUUGGAUCUACUCCUCCCCCCCUGUCUAAUGUUGGAUCUACUCCUCCCUCCUCCUCCUGUCUAAUGUUGGAUCUACUCCCUCCCCUCCUCCUGUCUAAUGUUGGAUCUACUCCUCCCUCCUCCUCCUGUCUAAUGUUGGAUCUACUCCUCCCUCCUGCUCCUGUCUAAUGUUGGAUCUACUCCUCCCUCCUGCCUCCUGUCUAAUGUUGGAUCUACUCCUCCCUCCUCCUCCUGUCUAAUGUUGGAUCUACUCCUCCCUCCUCCUCCUGUCUAAUGUUGGAUCUACUCCUCCCUCCUCCUCCUGUCUAAUGUUGGAUCUACUCCUCCCUCCUCCUGUCUAAUGUUGGAUCUACUCCUCCCUCCUCCUCCUGUCUAAUGUUGGAUCUACUCCUCCCUCCUCCUCCUGUCUAAUGUUGGAUCUACUCCUCCCUCCUCCUCCUGUCUAAUGUUGGAUCUACUCCUCCCUCCUCCCCCUGUCUAAUGUUGGAUCUACUCCUCCCUCCUCCUCCUGUCUAAUGUUGGAUCUACUCCUCCCUCCUCCUCCUGUCUAAUGUUGGAUCUACUCCUCCCUCCUCCUCCUGUCUAAUGUUGGAUCUACUCCUCCCUCCUCCUCCUGUCUAAUGUUGGAUCUACUCCUCCCUCCUCCUCCUGUCUAAUGUUGGAUCUACUCCUCCCUCCUCCUCCUGUCUAAUGUUGGAUCUACUCCUCCCUCCUCCUCCUGUCUAAUGUUGGAUCUACUCCUCCCUCCUCCCCCUGUCUAAUGUUGGAUCUACUCCUCCCUCCUCCUCCUGUCUAAUGUUGGAUCUACUCCUCCCUCCUCCUCCUGUCUAAUGUUGGAUCUACUCCUCCCUCCUCCUCCUGUCUAAUGUUGGAUCUACUCCUCCCUCCCUCCUCCUGUCUAAUGUUGGAUCUACUCCUCCCUCCUCCUCCUGUCUAAUGUUGGAUCUACUCCUCCCUCCUCCUCCUGUCUAAUGUUGGAUCUACUCCUCCCUCCUGCUCCUGUCUAAUGUUGGAUCUACUCCUCCCUCCUCCUCCUGUCUAAUGUUGGAUCUACUCCUCCCUCCUCCUCCUGUCUAAUGUUGGAUCUACUCCUCCCUCCUCCUCCUGUCUAAUGUUGGAUCUACUCCUCCCUCCUCCUCCUGUCUAAUGUUGGAUCUACUCCUCCCUCCUCCUCCUGUCUAAUGUUGGAUCUACUCCUCCCUCCUCCUCCUGUCUAAUGUUGGAUCUACUCCUCCCUCCUCCCCCUGUCUAAUGUUGGAUCUACUCCUCCCUCCUCCUCCUGUCUAAUGUUGGAUCUACUCCUCCCUCCUCCUCCUGUCUAAUGUUGGAUCUACUCCUCCCCCCUGUCUAAUGUUGGAUCUACUCCUCCCUCCUCCUCCUGUCUAAUGUUGGAUCUACUCCUCCCUCCUCCUCCUGUCUAAUGUUGGAUCUACUCCUCCCUCCUCCUCCUGUCUAAUGUUGGAUCUACUCCUCCCCCUGUCUAAUGUUGGAUCUACUCCUCCCUCCUCCUCCUGUCUAAUGUUGGAUCUACUCCUCCCUCCUCCUCCUGUCUAAUGUUGGAUCAACUCCUCCCUCCUCCUCCUCUCUAAUGUUGGAUCUACUCCUCCCCCUGUCUAAUGUUGGAUCUACUCCUCCCUCCUUUCCAAUCCGUGCAGAUGAAGGGCAGUAGAAGAGGAGACAGAUUUUUAAGUAAUUGAGAUAGAGCGUUGGUGUACCCCAUACCUUUUGGCCUCUGACCUCAGUGACCCUAACUACCUUUCCGAUUGGUUGGUUGAUUGAUUAAAUCCCCUCCACAGGUAACCAAGCAGAUCCAUCAGCAUGAGCAGGAGAAUGAGCUGCGGGAGCAGAUGUCGGGGUAUAAACGGAUGAGACGGCAGCACCAGAAGCAGCUGAUCGCUCUGGAGAACAAGCUGAAGGCAGAGAUGGACGAACACCGACUGAAGCUGCAGAAGGAGGUGGAGACCCAGGCCAACAAUGCCCACAUAGAGCUGGAGAAACUGGCCAAGAGACACACCGUCCACUGUGAAAAAGAGGUGGGUCUGGGGAUGGGGUGAGGGAGGGAGGGAUGGAAGGGGGGGUUCUGUCCUGUCCUGGAGAAGUGCCAUGCCGUCCACACAAAGAAGGUGUCUGGGGAGGAAGAGAGGACAACUUGCUCAUGUUAUGGGUUGGGCAUUGCUGCCACCCAAUGUCAAGACGCUGUUAAAAAGCAAACCAGGUCAUCUGUAACUCUGCAGAUUAUAGGUUAACCUCCAUGGUCCUCCUUGGCAUACACUAACACAAACAACACUAACAACAUUAACACUAACAACACUAACACAAACAACACUAACAACAUUAACAUUAACAACACUAACACUAACAGAUACACUAACAACAUUAACACUAACAACACUAACACAAACAACACUAACAACAUUAACAGCCAGAAAGCUUGCUAGCAAAACAACAUUAGCCAUGUGUCGUUUUCUCCAUGUGUUCCUCUCUCACAUACAAGACCCCUUCACAGCUAACUAACAUCUCUGCCUCUCUCCACCUCCCCUUAUUUCCCCACCCCUCUCUCCCCCCUCUCUCUAUCUCUCUCCCCCUCCCUCCAUUCCCCUGUCUCUCUCUCACUUCCUCUCUCUCUCUCCCUCCCCUUCUCUCCCCACCCCCUCUUUCUCCCUCCCUCCCUACAUCCCCCCGUCUCUCUCGCUCUCUUUCCCUCUCUCUGCCCCUCCCUCUGUCUCCCUCUCUCUCUCAUCUCCCCUCAGAUGAAGACAACGUCAUCAGAUGAGAAGAAGUUCCAGCAGCAGAUAGUGUCCCAGCAGAAGAAGGAUCUCACCACCUUCCUGGAUAACCAGAAGAAGCAGUACAAACUCUGCAAGGAGAAGAUUAAAGAGGUCCACUAUUCCCCCUUUCCCAGCCUCACACUAUAUGCUCUGUAUUGGGCUGAGUUGAAUCGAUCCUUAGUACAAGCUCUGCUAGGAAAAGAUUUGAGGUCGCAACACUGUUUGUUUAUGUCCUCGAGCUAGCUAGUACACUACUGAUCCUCUUAUAAUGCCUCUAUAGUAUGAAUCAUCUCAGCACCCAUGACACAUCUAAUAUUCUAUGUAUUGCGAUGGGUGGAAUCAACCAUCCUACGAAUACACACACACACACACACACACACACACACACACAUACAAGCUAGCACAAACAUACACAAGUACAGUAUGUUCGUUUAUCGUGCAGUUUCAUUUCACUGAGGAGGAGCUGAGUCACUCCUCCUACUCACUACACACACACACACACACAUUCUGUUUAUGUUUCUAACAACCUUGACGCACUGUUUCUCAGAACUGGAUCCAUUGUUGUGAACAGAACUAGGCCAUCUCAGUUAACAGACAUUGUUGGCCAGGACUGAUAUUCCCCAACAAACUGUAGGUAGAGAUGAAUUAUUCCCCAACAAACUGUAGGUAGAGAUGAAUUAUUCCCCAACAAACUGUACAACAAACUGUAGGUAGAGAUGAAUUAUUCCACAACAAACUGUAGGUAGAGAUGAAUUAUUCCACAACAAACUGUUCCCCACACAGAGAGAGCAGCAUCAGUGUGUUAAGUGCAUUAGCUAGAAAGUGGAUUAAGACAUGGUAAUUGUGUCCCAAAUGGCCCCCUACUCCAUUUAGUGCACUACUUUUGACCACAACCCAAAAGUAGUGCACUAAAUAUGUAGUAGGUUACGAUUUGGGAUGCAGCCUUGGAUUUAGCCUAACAUCCAUGAAGCAGAAUGGGGACCGACACCAGCUGAUGGGAUAGUUUACCCAGAAACUGAGGCUCUGUGAUGCAACCUGAGUCAAGUUGGUGACAGAGGGACUUCUGUUUGGCCAUGAGCUAGAGCAGGCAGGAGCGACAGUACCUGAUAAUGUGCAUUUCACACAGUUUCCAAAUCACUAGCUACAGUGAGGGAAAAAAGUAUUUGAUCCCCUGCUGAUUUUGUACGUUUGCCCACUGACAAAGAAAUUAUCAGUCUAUAAUUUUAAUGGUAGGUUUAUUUGAACAGUGAGAGACAUAAUAACAACAAACAAAUCCAGAAAAACACAUGACAAAAAUGUUAUAAAUUGAUUUGCAUUUUAAUGAGGGAAAUAAGUAUUUGACCCCCUCUCAAUCAGAAAGAUUUCUGGCUCCCAGGUGUCUUAUAUACAGGUAAUGAGCUGAGAUUAGGAGCACACUCUUAAAGGGAGUGCUCCUAAUCUCAGCUUGUUACCUGUAUAAAAGACACCUGUCAACAGAAGCAAUCAAUCAAUCAGAUUCCAAACUCUCCUACAUGGCCAAGACCAAAGAGCUCUCCAAGGAUGUCAGGGACAAGAUUGUAGACCUACACAAGGCUAGAAUGGGCUACAAGACCAUCGCCAAGCAGCUUGGUAAGAAGGUGACAACAGUUGGAGCGAUUAUUUGCAAAUGGAAGAAACACAAAAGAACUGUCAAUCUCCCUCGGCCUGGGGCUCCAUGCAAGAUCUCACCUCAUGUGAGUUGCAAUGAUCAUGAGAACGGUGAGGAAUCAGCCCAGAACUACACGGGAGGAUCUUGUCAAUGAUCUCAAGCCAGCUGGGACCAUAGUCACCAAGAAAACAAUUGGUAACAAAUUACGCUGUGAAGGACUGAAAUCCUGCAGCGCCCGCAAGGUCCCCCUGCUCAAGAAAGCACAUAUACAGGCCCGUCUGAAGUUUGCCAAUGAACAUCUGAAUGAUUCAGAGGAGAACUGGGUGAAAGUGUUGUGGUCAGAUGAGACCAAAAUCGAGCUCUUUGGCAACAACUCAACUCGCCGUGUUUGGAGGAGGAGGAACGCUGCCUAUGACCCCAAGAACACCAUCCUCACCGUCAAACAUGGAGGUGGAAACAUUAUGCUUUGGGGGUGUUUUUCUGCUAAGGGGACAGGACAACUUCACCGCAUCACAGGGACGAUGGACGGGGCCAUGUACUGUCAAAUCUUGGGUAAGAACCUCCUUCCCUCAGCCAGGGCAUUGAAAAUGGGUCGUGGAUGGGUAUUCCAGCAUGACAAUUAUCCAAAACACACGGCCAAGGCAACAAAGGAGUGGCUCAAGAAGAAGCACAUUAAGGUCCUGGAGGGGCCUAGCCAGUCUCCAGACCUUAAUCCCAUAGAAAAUCUGUGGAGGGAGCUGAAGGUUCGAGCUGCCAAACGUCAGCCUCGAAACCUUAAUGACUUGGAGAAGAUCUGCAAAGAGGAGUGGGACAAAAUCCCUCCUGAGAUGUGUGCAAACCUGGUGGCAAACUACAAGAAACGUCUGACCUCUGUGAUUGCCAACAAGGGUUUUGCCACCAAGUACUAAGUCAUGUUUUGCAGAGGGGUCAAAUACUUAUUUCCCUCAUUAAAAUGCAAAUCAAUUUAUAACAUUUUUGACAUGCGUUUUUCUGGAUUUUUAUUUUUUUAUUCUGUCUCUCACUGUUCAAAUAAACCUACCAUUAAAAUUAUAGACUGAUCAUGUCUUUGUCAGUGGGCAAACGUACAAAAUCAGCAGGCGAUCAAAUACUUAUUUCCCUCACUGUAAGUACUUUAAGAUAUAUUUCACUCCAGAGUCAAAUCAUGUGAGAUGUUUUCACGCCUCAGACGUGUUCCAAGGUGGAAUUGAGUGCACCAUCUCCACAGUCUGUUGUUGUAUAUUAGCCAGAAAUAGAUGUCCUUGUUAUAUUAUAACUUAGCGUCCUAUUAUGACCUCUGUGUCCACCCCCUCAUAUACCCCCAUAUUCCCUUGAUAUAGAUGACCCCAGAGCCAUAUAUUUAGUGAGUUGGGCCAACUUGUAGAAUUUGGAAUAUUGUUCUAAUUCUAGACAUUCAGUUACAUAGUAUUGUUUAAAUCAUAGAAUUAAGAAUUAGAAUACUAGAAUGGUCAUGAACCUUCUUAUGAUGGGAUAAAGGUCAGCCAUUUUGGUCAGGGAGUUGGUCAACCAUGGUUUUCCAGUCCUGUGAUAAGAUAUUGUAUAAAAUAAUGAAUUUGAAGAAUGUAUCUGCACUGUAUGUUUGAUCGCUAGCCAGACAGUUUUAGAGGAAUUAUUCCAUUAUAUGUUUUUUAUUAACUACCAAUAUGCCAACAUUCCAUUCAAACAAUGCAGGCAAUCCACUGGCUGAAAUCAGUUGAUGAUAGGACAUAGACAAGGUGUAAAUGCAACCAGUGCUGAUAUUGUAUCAUAUAAUAGCACUCACAGCUUUCCAAGAAAACUAAAAUGGAGACAUGUAUGUUCUGUUUCCAUUUAUUCUAGAGGCUAUUUUUACAGAUUUUUUUUAUAUAACCUGUAUAAACUGUAUUUAUAAUUAUAUGACAAUAUUUUAGGUUGACAAUCAUUCUAUUGCACAAUUUCUGAUGUAUCACAUGCCUUACUUUUAUUGGCCUGCAUAAAUAAAAUCAGGAUUAUGCCUCUAUACUGCCAUUCAUUCCAAUUAGACUGGUUUGGAUUUCUCCCUGACCAAUAUGGCUGCCAUUUUCACCCCAUUCUGGAACUUUGAGGGUUUAUGACAUAGCCCCUCUAGUAAUUGAAUAGGUCAAUAGAACUCGACCAAAACAAUGGAAAUGCCAUGGAAACGCUUUGGGGAAAGAUACCGUGGGGGAAAGAUCCCGAAUCUCCUCGUUGCCCCCCAGCAAAAUUAGCCUAUAUUUAGGAUAUUGUAUAUAUGUGUAUUUCACACUAUGUUGAGGUAAAAAUCUGAGUAUAAUGCUUGUAUGGAUGUCAACCCCAAUACAUGUUAAUGUCAUUGUCACCAAUCAACUGCAUUUGAUUUUACUACCAACACCAAUUUCUGUAUGCCAGCUACGCUACCAGUUUACAUGUAUACGAGUUAGCAUUUAGCAGUCACUUCUAAAUCUCAAAUGGGACGACUUCUAAAUGUAAUGCAGCUAAAUCGAAUUUUAGUAACCACAUGGUGGGCCUGUUACAAUACAUCAAUCAUGACGGAUUUGAGGAAUAUCCACUUUGUUAGAUCAGAUGUGUUGAAUGUGGGCCAAUCCAGCGUCCUUCUACCCCCCACGGUCUGCGUUCCAAUGACCUCUUUAUCGCAAUAUGGAAUGUUAACGGGGAGCUAAUAUGGCUGCCAUAGAAUGUUGUAGUGUAAUGGAAAUGCAUCAUAAUGGUCAUUCUAGACAUUCAGUUUUAUAGUGUUUUAAAAAAAUAUUCCCAAUGUAAUGUUAACGGGGAGCUAACAUGGCUGCUAUAGAAUAUUGAAGUGUCAUGUAAAUGCAUCAUAAUGCAGAAACUGCAUUGGCUCAUCUCUAAAUAUAUUGCUCUGGAGGACCCUUUAUAUCUUUUAGAUAAUGAGAUGAUCUGCUGCACACCUGACCAUUAGACAGGAGACAAUGUAUAUCAUGGACUGUUAUAUAUCCGUAACAAUAUCCUCUGUCUCUCCCCAUCUUCCAGGAGAUGAAUGACGACCACCACACCCCUAAGAAGGAGAAGCAGGAGCGCCUGUCGAAGCACAAGGAGAACCUGCAACACAGCCAGGCUGAGGAGGAGGCCCAGGUCCUGAGCCAACAGAGGGCCUUCUACGACAGGAACUGCAGAGGCUUCAAACGCAAAGUCGUGAUCAAGAGGCACACGUUGGAACAGGAGCAGAUACGAGAGGUACUGUAUAUUGUAUAGAUGUAUAGAUAGCCAUUUCAAAUGAGAGGCAAGGAGGAGUGGAUGACGCAGUGUGAAGAAUGACUGGGAUGUACUGUAUCUUGGAUAGAUAUACACACAUUUUAGUUCAAGUUCAGUCUGUAGUGGUGUGAAGUGAACACUGCAAUCCAGUAGGGAUGUGAAUAUCACAUGUCCAACUGCUUAUCCAUAACAUUCCCGAGGUCAAUGUUGUCCUCGAAAUGGCUUCUGUAACAUGAAAAAUUAUGUUCCCCCAAAUCUUUGACCAAUACCGGUAUUUUCUGAUGUUUGUGGAAAACACCAAGAAGUAGUUUCCCAUCUCGUGGAAUGCAGAUUAGAAAGUAUAAGCAAGAUAACAACGGGGGGGGUAGGUAAAUGUCAAUAAAGCAACAAUGGCCUAAUCUCCUAAUCUGCUCUGUAUAUCAGGAGGGGCGGUAAUGUCAAUAAGGCAACAAUGGCCUAAUCUGCUCUGUAUAUCAGGAGGGGGGGGUAAUGUCAAUAAAGCAACAAUGGCCUAAUCUCCUAAUCUGCUCUGUAUAUCAGGAGGGGGGGUAAUGUCAAUAAGGCAACACCACGAGAUACCGUGCUCCGUACUAAUGUCAGUAGGUUCUCAUCAUCCAGUGUCUGUAUAAAAGCAACGUUUUUAUCAUUGGAUGGGCAUGAUAAUUCCUCUCUCUCUCUCCCCCCACCCCCUCUCUCCCUAUCUCCCCCCUAUAUAUCCCUCCUUCUCUCUCUCCCUCCCCAUGUCUCUCUCCCCCUCUCUCUCUCUCUCUCCAGGAGCUGAACAAGAAGAAGACCCAGAAGGAGAUGGAGCAUGCCAUGCUGAUCAGACAUGACGAGUCGACCCAGGAGCUGGAGCAUCGUCAGCUGAAAACCCUUCAGAAGCUCCGCAUGGACCUGAUCCGUCUGCAGCACCAGACAGAACUGGAGAACCAGAUAGAGUACAACAACCGCCGCGAGAGAGAGCUCCACCGCAAGCACGUCCUGGAGCUACGACAGCAGCCCAAGAACCUCAAGGUGAUGGCUAGGCCAGGUGCAGCUAGCUAGUGAAUGUAGCCCUGGAAUGUGAUGGCUGCAUUGGUAGCUACAUUAGGCUGCAUUGGUAGCUACAUUAGGUGUUCUCAAGGAAAAGGCUCUGAUGUAACCAGGUAGCGGAGGAUAUGAACCUAAAGGUGAGGGUGCAGCUAGCUAAGGCAGUCCUGAAAAAGGGGAAAUCCUCAGUGGUAGCUCCAAUGUCCUCUCCAUUUCCACCAGGCCAUGGAGCUGCAGAUUAAGAAGCAGUUCCAGGACACGUGUAAGGUCCAGACGCGUCAGUACAAGGCCCUGAGACACCACCAGAUGGAGGUGACGCCCAAGAGCGAGCACAAGGCGGUCCUCAAGGCCCUGAAGGAGGAGCAGACCAGGAAGCUGGCCAUUCUGGCCGAGCAGUACGAACAGAGCAUCAACGAGAUGAUGGCAUCGCAGGCGGUGAGUUGCCUCAAAAUGGAGGACGGAUGUUAUGAUGAGGAUUAGUGAGCAGUGAUGUUGUUAUUUGAUCAUUUACUUUAUAGCAAUCUCAAAGAUUCAUAUAAAUGUCAAAGAUCUUCUCUAAUAUCUAACAUGAAAAUGAAAGAAUAGUUCCAUAAGGGAAUUCUAUCAUUUUCGGCCCUAAACCAUAGGAGAUUUAGGUCAUUGUAGGAGUUUGUAACUCUACUUCUGUUAUUCCCAUCUCUCCUCCUAUCUCCUCUUCUAUUCCAUCUCUCCUCCUAUCUCCUCUUCUAUUCCAUCUCUCCUCCUAUCUCCUCUUCUAUUCCAUCUCUCCUCCUAUCUCCUCUUCUAUUCCAUCUCUCCUUCUAUCUCCUCUUCUAUUCCAUCUCUCCUCCUAUCUCCUCUUCUAUUCCAUCUCUCCUCCUAUCUCCUCUUCUAUUCCAUCUCUCCUCCUAUCUCCUCUUCUAUUCCAUCUCUCCUCCUAUCUCCUCUUCUAUUCCAUCUCUCCUCCUAUCGCCUCUUCUAUUCCAUCUCUCGCUCCUAUCUCCUCUUCUAUUCGUUCAUCUCUCCUCCUAUCUCCUCUUCGAUUCCAUCUCUCCUCCUAUCUCCCUCCUCUUCUAUUUUCAUCUCUCCUCCUAUCUCCUCUUCUAUUCCAUCUCUUCCUCAUCUCCUCUUCUAUUCCAUCUCUCCUCCUAUCUCCUCUUCUAUUCCAUCUCUCCUCCUAUCUCCUUUUCUAUUCCCUCUACUCUCCCUCUCUCCCACCCUCUUUUCUCUCCCCGUUUCCUUCUUGCUCUCUCGCGCUCUCGCUCUCUCUCUCUCUCUCGCUCUCUCUCUCUCCUGCUUCCUCUUUGUUUCUCUCUCCUCUCAGCUGCGUCUGGACGAGGCCCAGGAAGCCGAGUGCCAGGCUCUGAGGCACCAGCUGCAGCAGGAGAUGGAGCUGCUUAAUGCCUACCAGAGUAAGAUCAAGAUGCAGACCGAGGCCCAGCAUGACAGAGAGCAGCAGAAGCUGGAGCACAAGGUGUUGCUGCGCAGAGCCCACCUCGAACAAAAGGUACAGACAGAGAGAGAGAGAGCUGCGCAGAGCCCACCUCGAACAAAAGGUACAGACAGACAGAGAGAGAGAGAGCUGUGCAGAGCCCACCUUGAACAAAAGGUACAGACAGACAGAGAGAGAGAGCUGCGCAGAGCCCACCUCGAACAAAAGGUACAGACAGACAGAGAGAGAGCUGCGCAGAGCCCACCUCGAACAAAAGGUACAGACAGACAGAGAGAGAGAGAGCUGUGCAGAGCCCACCUUGAACAAAAGGUAGAGGGGGAGGAGUCACAGAGAGACAACAGAGAGAAUCACACUGAUAGAAACAUAGAGCCCACCUGGUAGAGAGGGGAGAGUUAACGCAUGAGACACAGAGACACAGACUUACACACACAUACGCAGAGCCCACAUUCACAAAAGGUGCCAAAAAAAGGUGUGGGGGAGGGGGGAGUCAACACAGACAGACACCCACACAGAUACCCAGACAGACACUGAUGUACGCACACACACACGCAUGCAGGCUGGAGCAGAAUGUGCUGGAAGCAGAAUCAACACGCACCCACACAGACAGACAGACAGACUUCCCUUUCAUUUCACACACAUUUCACUCACCACUGAUUUAUAACCCAAUAAUUGGUCAUGCACUCAGCUUUUGUUGUGAAAUCCCAUGAUGUGUUAUUCUUACAACAUGCUCUCUCUAUUUUUUUAAAAUCAUAAGCAGUGUUAAAAAAUGUAUAAUUGAUUCUUGAUCAUAGAUGAUGUAAUAUGGAAAUGUUCAACAAUAAGACGUUACUUACUCAGCGACACUGCCUCUAGUCUCCUGUUUUAUUCAUCAAACCAUACUCUCCAUUCUGUGUCAUACAAUCUGGAGUCACAACACCUUCUCCCAACUCACUACCCGGCUGUUGACCAUUUACAACAGUGGAUGCUGAUGGCAUGACAUGGUAUACAAUAAAUUCACCAUAGGCCAGUUUAUCAGUCAUAAUACUCGUUUUUUUAAAUACUAGAAUACAAAGUUUUUCGAAUGCAAUGAUGUCAUCGCUCCUGGACAACAAAGGAACAUGCAGCCCUGAUCCAGUUUCAGUUGCCCAGACAGUAUCCUACAGUAGUAUCGUACAAUAUAAUGCAACCAGUGGUGCUGUGGCGCCAUCUGUUGACCAUCUGUCUCCCUGCAGUCUGUCUGGAAUAGAUUACAUCAUCGAAACCAGUAUCAGGGUUGUAUUAAUCAGGGAAGGUAACAAAAUACGUUUUAAAACGUUCUCCAAUGGAAAACUAAAAUGAGCGUUUCUUAUUGGACCAGUUUAGGUAGACAGACCCCUUCCUGUUUCAAUAAGUGUUCUUCUGUUUGGUGCCUAAUGAACACACCCCAGACUCAUAUGCUUCAUUUCAUAUGAAAGAGAAGUGCAAACUGCAGAUAUCGAUCCACUGGCUGGACUAUUACGUGAUUCAGGGGCCAGAUGGAAUCUGUUGCUAAAGGCUUUAUGGAAUUAAAUCAUGAAUCAAUACAAACCGAACACUGAAAAUGAAAUAUGAACAGCUAUAUAUUUAUUGAUUAAAGAUGCAGACAACGGCUAUAAUGGAUUGAUAAGCUUCACUGAUAAUGUCUGGUCCUAAUCAUGACUAGCGCAGGCGUAUUUCUGUCUGUACUUUGUUGACUAUGGAGUGGUUACAGAUUCAUGCUGAAUUUCAAAUCAAUCCCCUAGACUAGCUUGAGCAAAAAAGCAAAAACCUGCACCAGCAGCCUUUGCAGAUCAAACUCAGCAGGACUCAUUCAAACCUUACUUCAGUAUGUUGUGGUUCCAAAUACUCUUGCUUCCAGUAGUUUAAUGAACUAAGUUGUGGUUUUGUAGAUUGAAGAGGAGCUGGCUUCCCUUCAGAAGGAGCGUACAGAGAGGAUCAAGCACCUGCUGGAGCGCCAGGCAAGAGAGAUUGACACGUUCGACAUGGAGAGUCUCCGUCUGGGCUUCGGUAACCUGGUGGCCCUGGACCCCCCCAAGGACAUCUACAGAUGAUUAGACCAGCCCAGGUAAUCUGGUGGCCCUGGAUACCCCGAAGGACGACUACAGAUGCCUAGACCAGCCCUGGUAACCUCCUCGUGACCUCCUGUCUAUCUUCAUCAUCUGGUCUGACCCUCCUCGUCCCCCUGACCUGGUCUGGUCGGGAUUGACCGGGCAGUUAGGGUCUUUAGCCACUGAUGCACACACACACACACACA